CUCUGUCAGAUUUAAUCGCCACUCUUUUCAGAUCACUUGCCAUCCCGAGGCUGGACUCUGCGCAUACGAGGGGAAGCCCCUCGGAAUUAAAGGGCUGAUCUUUCGGAACCGCACUCCGAUCACUGAGAAGCCGAAGAUUAGCAUGCGGUCAGUGCUUGGGCUUGAGGAAAGAAGGAUGGACCUUCUCCGGGAUUCUCCUUGGGAACCUGCCGUCUUUCUCCAUGGGAUUUCGUGCAGAAGAUAGUCGGGUUUCAGCUUUUUAUCUGGAGAGACGGAGUACGGCCGCCGGGUCACCCUCCCGUUUUUACGGAGUGGGCAGUGGCGGAGACAAGCAGGGUAUUCCAGUCUCUGCCGUGAGCACAGGAACUCUCUCCUCGCCAGUACCUGGCCGCACCUUCCAGUAGUAGGAGCCGACUUCCUUGGACACGUCUCACAGAGGGCUGCUUUACAAUGAGUUUUCCUUUCUCGCACGGGCAGCUGCCGUGGGCAUUUUUGACCCUAUUCAGGGCACCGUUCGGCACGGAAAGCGGAACAAAUUGGGUCGCCCGCGUUGGAGGCACAGCGCCGGCCAGGUCGGUGCACCGUUUACAAGGUCUUGAGGGAGUGCGAGGAGAAUGAAGAGGAGGAGUCCCAGAUGGAAGGAUGAACUGGCGGCUUGUUGAUCUCGUCUCUUUGCUGUUCCUAUGGGACCGGCUGGCUCUUACUCUCCAUUGCUGGGCUCUCUUGGUGCUUUCCUCUCAUCACCAACACCAACAUGUCACCAGCCCCCUCGACUGGCUCCUCUCGGAUAAGGGGCCCUUCCACCGGGCCCGGGAUUAUUCCAAUUUCCUGGAUAGAUACCGGCAGGGAUUUACUACCAGAUACAAGAUCUACAGAGAGUUUGGUCGAUGGAAGGUAAAUAAUUUAGCAGUGGAAAGAAGAGACUUUUUGGGCUCAGAUUUGCCUCUAGCUCCAGAGUUCAUCAGAAAUAUCCGCUUGUUAGGACGGAGACCAAGUCCACAACAGAUAAUCGAUAAUUUGAUCAAGAAGUAUGGCACACAUUUCUUAAUAUCUGGAACACUUGGAGGGGAAGAAUCACUGACUAUAUUUGUGGACAAACAGAAGUUGAAUAAGAACACUGAACUCAAUAACAAUUCUGCCAUCAGUUUGGACACCCUUCACCAGUUGGCUGCUUCCUAUUUCAUUGACCGAGAGACGACGUUACGCAAACUCCAUGAAAUCCAGAUUGCAUCUUCAGCGAUCAAGGUAACGGAAACCAGAACAGGACCUCUUGGAUGCAGUAACUAUGACAAUCUGGACUCUGUUAGUUCAGUUCUGGUACAAAGUCCCGAGAACAAAAUUCACUUACAAGGCCUUCAAGCUAUUUUGCCAGUGCACCUGCGGGAACGGUUUGUUGAGGCAGCUCUGAGCUACAUUGCCUGUAACUCCGAAGGCAGCUUCAUCUGUAAGGACCAUGACUGCUGGUGUCAGUGUACAGCCAAAUAUCCAGAAUGCAACUGCCCUUUUCUGGACAUCCAAGCCAUGGAGGACAAUCUGCUGUGGAUAACAGACAGCUGGACCAACCACAACAAAGAAUUUGAGGUGUCGGAUGAGUUCAAGACCUUUCUGAAGAAGCUGCCGACUGAGUAUUUCCUGAACAGCUCCACCAUCCUUCAGCUCUGGACAAUGGACUUCAGUCUCCAGCACCGCUAUGAGCAACUGGAGGCCACUCUGAAGGUGCUCUUCAGCAAGGCACAGAAGACUGUCCGAAAGCUCUUCAGCCUAAGUAAGCGCUGCCAGAAACAACCGAAAUUCGUCCUCCCCAGAGAAAGGGCCAUGACCUAUUGGCUAAACCGCGUCCAGUCCUUCUUGUACUGCACAGACAACAGCCUGGCCGGGAUCUUCUCGGAGGAGAGCCGGAGCUGCACCUGCCCCUACGACCAGCUGAGCUGCCAGAAGCCCAUCCCGUGUGUGGUGGGUGAGGGGACAUCCUGUGUGGUGUGUGCGGCCGAUAAUCGCACCCGCUGCGGUGGCUGCAACGAGGGCUACAUGCUGGCCCAGGGGGCUUGCCGGCCGGAAGUGGCAGACUCCACUGAGCAGUACAUUGGCUUUGAGACCGAGCAGGACCUGCGGGACAUGGAGAUUAGGUACCUGCUGCAGAAGCGAGAUAGCAAGAUCAUCGUGCCGGCCAUCUUCAUCAGCAAUGACAUGCGCCUCAACAGCUGGUUCGAUCCCUCCUGGAGAAAGCGCAUGCUCCUAACACUGAAGAGCAACAAGUACAAGACCAAUUUUGUCCAUAUGAUCUUGGGCAUGACCAUACAAAUCUGUUUGACUAAAAAUAGUACCUUGGAACCAGUGCUGGCUAUCUAUGUGAAUCCCUUCGGAGGUAGUCACUCAGAGAGCUGGUUCAUGCCCGUCAAUGAAGACAACUACCCAGACUGGGAGCGGACUAAGGUGGAUGUGCCUCUUCAGUGUUACAACUGGACUCUGAUACUGGGCAACAAGUGGAAGACCUUCUUUGAAACGGUCCACAUCUAUUUGAGGAGCCGCAUCAAGUCCAGCGGCAAUGAGAGCCUGUUCUAUGAGCCGCUAGAGUUCAUCGACCCCUCCAGGAAUCUGGGCUACAUGAAGAUCAGCCACGCCCAGGUGUUCGGUUACAGCAUGCACUUCGACCCUGACGCCAUUCGGGAUUUGAUCCUGCAGCUGGACUACCCGUACACACAGGGCUCGCAGGACUCCGCCCUGCUGCAGCUGCUGGAGAUACGAGACCGAGUGAACCGCCUGUCCCCCUACAGCCACCAGCGGCUGGACCUCUUCACCUGCCUGCUCCGCCAUCGGCUGAAGCUGACCACCAGUGAGGUGGUCAGAAUUCAAGCCUCCCUCCAGGCCUUCAAUGCCAAACUCGUCAACCCCGUCGAAAAUGAAACCACCAAAUUAUGCAGUUAAUGGCCAGCACCCCUUAGUACCAGGGAUGAAAUUGGUAAUUCUUUCCUUGAUGUUUUUUUGUGUACAACUUGUUUGAUUCAACCAUGGAUUUUCCCAUGCAACAAGCACCAGUCCUUAUUCUCUAAGUUAGUUGGUGAAGCACCAAAUCGCAGGAGCAAACCAAUGACCUGAAGCCCUUUGACUAUCCAGCCUCUUCAGCGUGCGCCUCAUUAUCCAACAAAUAUACCUAUUCUACCUUGUUCCCAGGACUCUGGAAAAGCAAGUAGAAUUAUUGCGCCGUGCACCCUCCCAGACGGGAACUAUGAACACUGAACGGUAGCGAGGGUGAGGAGUAGCGCGUUGUACCCACUAUAUUUUUUAACAAUGUGGUGGUUAAAACAAAAUGACACCGUCUGUGGUGAUGUUCUUGACCCAUGUUCCUGUAGCAAACACCAGCGCAGAAACAAAUUGGUAUGAGUUGAUGCAUUUUUUUGUUGUAUAAUUAUUUUAUUAAUAAUCAGUGUUGAAGGACUAAUGUUUUUCAAUGGUAUUGUUUUUACUGUACAUGAAAGCCUUGCGUGCUGUGGUUGCUCAGUAAUGUUUCCUUUUUCUAGGUGAGCCCAGUCGUGGUGCAAAGUGAUCUAGAGUUGAACACUAAGGCGCCUAUUUUGUCCUUUUAUUUGGGCAGGGUGAGGGGGGAGGGGACAGAAGGGUAGAGUGCAGGGGGGAAGGUGUCCUGAUGUGCGUUGACUGGCUCAGGCCAUUUGUCUAGAGGGCUGUAGACAACUUUGGAGAAACUCCACACAGUAACCAUUCCCUACUCUGCUAAUGUUCCCCUCAGGUUGUGCUAAACAGAGCAGAAUAACAGUAAGUGAGAUUGGUAGAAUCAUAUCAGGUAAAAUCUGCAAAAGUGUGGCACCUUUCAGAAUUGGUGGAAUGCAAAUAACUUGUUUUGAAAGCAGGGACGGUAGGAGGUAGCAUGCUGCCAUAGUUUACAAGCAGCUCAGAGGAAAGGCAAGUGGUCCAUUAAGCGUGAGCUCACUCAUUGAAAGAACCAGUUAGUCCGUGCUUUCUCGAGCACUGACUUGAAAACUUGCAUACUUUAAUCCAAUUCCCUUUCCAUAACAGCACACGGCAUUAUUGAAAAUAUUUCUUAUUAAACAGAGAUUUUUUGCUAGCUUUGUUGGAUAGUUCUUUUACAUUGUUAAACUCCAGUUAGCAAAAGGUUCAGCAGGUCUCGGAAUUGUUAUGAUGACCUUGUCUACUUUUUUUGGUGGAUUUGAGGCUUUUCAGGAUAGUUGGGAUGUUAACCUGUCCAUUCUGGUGCGAUAUGGUGCUCUACUGUGCUGCCUUGGAUAUAAGAUUUCACUUUUUACCUUAAAAGGGGCAGGUCUUCUGCAGUCAGUUUCCUAGUUGAUGCUGCCUUUCCCGCUACUGGAGAGUGAAGCCCCCCUUUGGUCAGGAUCAACCGUGGAUGUUGCAUCUCAGCUGUCUGUGUGAUAAGCAAGCCAGUACACUAGCCAGGGCAGUACAAUAUGGACAGCAAGCUUACUGGAGAAUAAUCUGACAAAAUACAUCUGAAUUAAAGUCUGUAUUCAGAAACUUUUUUGUAUGCUGUUAUGCUGUGUUUUCCCAUUUCAAAGAGGAAUUGUUACUUUUUGGUGAAACAGAAAAUGUAAUUUGUAUUUUGUUUAUGCUGUUGUGGGACACUGUGGAUUGCCCCCAAUUCAGUCUCAGUCAAAUUUCCCUGCAGAUGAAUGAUAUUACCUGCCUCUUGAACUGGAAGGUGUGUGACAACACAAGUGGAAAGUGAUCAAAAGCAGCGGCAGCAGAAUAACACAACAGAAGAACUGAAGAACAGGAGGUGAAAUUAUUAUAUCGCAGUGCUGGAAGGUUCAAUUCUGGCCCAAUUCCUGCAAAAAAUGUUGGUGGAUUGGUUGGCAAAUCCAAACUUUACAAGUGUAGUGUCUAUUCAGUGAAUGGAAAAAAAAUGGUUUCACAGACAAAAAUGGGUUUCUUCUGGUCUUUCUUCAAAGCUGUAGUCUGUCUCAUUCCUGGCAAAAUGAAGUUUCCCUAAAUUUAAUUAAACAUAGACAGUGCCCCUUUACUCUGAGUUGUUUUUUAUUUGGUCUCACUGGAAUGGCCACAAGAGAUAUGAUCGGAAUUGUACAUGUAGUAAUGAGGGAAGUGGCUUGCUCCUCGGAUGUUCUGUGUAAAUUAGUUGAUGGUGACGUGCAAUGCUGUCACUGCAUUCUGCAGUGUGCACUCUAUCUGGUAUCAGGGCCUUAAAUCUCCAAAACACUCCUUUGAAAGAAAGAACUUGCAGACUUGAAAUAUUGAAAUCUCCUUAAAAAGUAAAGUCACUUUCACAUGAGGCAAAAUAUUAUUUGUAUCUUUAAGGGUAGGAGCAUUCUCGAUUGUUGAAUGGCUGUUUAAAGGUGCAGUGCGCUGUCAUUUUGUAUAUUUCUAAUGACUGAUUCUGGCUCCGUUGUUAAUUGAGUGUACAGAACUCAUCUGUAUUUGUUUUAUUGCUGGUAUUAUCUAGGAUUUGGGCAUUUAAUUUUUGGUUAUUAAAUCUGGAUGAAAAGUCCACAUUUGGAACC